CGGUAACGGAUGAGAUCACUUUGAAUGAGUAAUACAUAUGCGAGCUCUUAUCGUGUUCUUUAUUUCCGUUUUUUCAUCCUUGAUUGAAUCCAACAAGGCGUUGAACAAGUAUUCUGUAAUGACUUCGUGGAUAACUCUGACGCCAAGGCUAAGAGAAGGCCUCGAUAUUGUAGAUAGAAUAGAUUCUGGUAAACUUCGUCUUCUUGCAUCUAGAAUUUGCCAAAAUUUACAGACAAGUGUUGAAGGCAACGUGUUUAGUCCCAGCCAAGAAGAAAAAUUGUCCGUUUCUUUAGAGUUGAAUAAAACAGAGUUGAGCUUACUUCUCGACACUACGACACUGAUCUAUGCACAAGCUGCUUAUCACGUUGUCAAGCCUGCCUUGAUGGAAUCUGACAUGAAAGAAACAUUCGCUCUUCAACAUGAAAAAGCUGAUGUACUUGUUCAGAUCUGGGCUACUUACGCAAAGAGUAUAGUUGAUGAAUUACGACAAAAGUCUAUUUUUCCAGUCCAGGUUACCGAGAUUAAUUGGAAUCUCAAUGUUCAGUCUUCGUCUACGGUAGUGGCCAAAGAUAUGCGUCCGACUGUAACGCUUCAAGUUGGGCUAACAGAUACUUCGAGCAAGCAGUCAAAGUCAUCGUUAACUAUUGAAACUGACAAAACAGGCUUAUUAGAGCUCUACAAUAAUUUAGAAAAGAUCCAAAUGCAAUUAGAUUCCCUUAAAUAAGGAUUCAGUUGUAAAAAUAUAAUAAACUAUUGAUUGUUGAAGGAAAGAAUAACAAUCUAUAAAACAAGUGUUAUUUACAGUUGAAAUCAUUCUCUUACUAAUCCAUAGUUGAAACGAUUUUUAACCAAUCAUUGAGUCAGGGCAUGGUGCAAAGGUCGAGCAUGGUCAAUAUUAGGUAUAUAUUAUAUUUUCCUGUCAUUUUGUAUUGUCUCAAUUAAGCAGACUUACAUCACUUCACAAAAUUUGUAUUAUUGUAAUAACACUUUGAAAUGGUGAUACCAUGACUCAAAUCUACAUGCGUACCUAGAAUACUUCCUUGACUUAUUCAUAUAAUGGACGAUCAUAGUACGUGCCAGUUCUUCUUAUAUUAAUAAUGAGACUAACACUAUGCAAAUUGCACGGGUAAAAUUUUUAGUACUAUUUUUACUAAUUCUGUUUUGAUAUUUUGUCUGUUAUAUAUAUGUCUAUAUUCAUUUAUUCUUUUGACUAUUGCAAUAGUCACUACAGGGCAAUUGAAAUAUUUAUUUUAUGCGAAAAUAAUUGUACAUUGGUCAUCUAUCUGUGCCAUUGAGAGAUAAUGCACAAAGUAAAAUCUAGGUAUAGGGUUGGAAUUAAUAGAAUACAAUUACCAUAGUAUACGGCAAUAAUUAGAUAAUCUAACAUAUCCGUUUAUUAUUCAAGGGAAUGGAAUAGAAAAUACGAUUCAUGCAAGAUGGAUAUUACCCUUAUUUCUUAAGUCCUAUCGUUGAUUAAAAAAUUUGCGGCAGUAUUGUUAAUUUCUUCUUUUUUUUUGUUUUGCAACGAAAAUAAUAUGGUAACGAAAUAAAAUAUUUGGAUGUUCACAUAAUCCUGGACAGAAGUAGAGCUUUUGAUUUACGUUAAUAUUCAUUCCAUCAAUUUUGUAAAUUGUUGAACAAUUUUAUAAUUACUCGUACAUACUUUAGUGAACUGAAAGUUGUCACAAUGUUGAGUUCCACUGAUAUAUGAAAUAAUUUCUCCGAAUUCAAUUACUCUUCACAAAAGAAAAACCAGACAGCAGUAUCGUUUGGCAAAGGCGUAAAAAUCGCUUGUGAUUUGUGCAAAACUCAAU